UCCCGAUCAGCAUCUCCGCUCACGCUGCCCGCCCGGCCCGACCAUGGCUCUGUAGCCGCCACCCCGCCUCCCUGGGUGCCCCCCGCUACCCGUGGCCUCGCUUACCGCGCCUGCGCUCUCCGCUCCCCGCCUUUCCUCUUCAACCGAGGCCGCCGCCGCCGACUCUUCUAGCCGGAGCCAUGGAGUCCUCCGCCAUCACCCUGGUGCCUGUGUCCACUCUGCUGACCAGCCUGCUGAGCCGCCCCCCAGCCAUUGCCCCAGCCUCGUCUGCUGCCGCCGACAUCCCCAGUGGCCAGCGUCUGUGCCGCAGCCAUGUCACUCCUGGCGACCCUGGGGCUGGAGCUGGACAGGACCCUGGUCCCAGCUAGCGGGCUGGGCUGGCUCGUAGACUAUGGCAAGCUUCCCCUGGCCCCUGCCCCCCUGGGCCCCUAUGAGGUCCUCGGGGGAGCCCUGGAGGGCGGGCUGCCAGGGGGGGGAGAGCCCCUGGCAGGUGACGGCUUCUCAGACUGGAUGACUGAACGAGUGGACGUCACGGCCCUCCUGCCUCUGGAGCCUGCCCUGCCCCCAGGCGCCCUCCCCCCACCCUCCCCUGCCCCACCAGACCUGGAAGCCAUGGCCUCACUCCUCAAGAAGGAGCUGGAGCAGAUGGAAGACUUCUUCCUGGAGGCCCCGCUCCUCCCGCCCCCCUCCCCGCCGCCCCCCUUUCCUCUCCCUGUCCCCAGCUUUGACCUCCCGCAGCCCCCGGCCCUGGACACCCUCGACUUGCUGGCCAUCUACUGCCGGGGAGAGGCUGGGCAGGGGGAUUCGGGCCUGGCACCCCUGCCCCCACCUCCACCCCAGCAACUUCCUCCUCCUCCCCUUCCUCCUCCUCCUCCUCUGUCUCUACCCUCUCGCCCGGCCCCCUACCCCAAUCCUGCUGCCACCCGAGGGGACCGCAAGCAAAAGAAGAGAGACCAGAACAAGUCGGCAGCUUUGAGGUACCGCCAGAGGAAGCGGGCGGAGGGUGAGGCCUUGGAGGGCGAGUGUCAGGGGCUGGAAGCCAGGAACCGGGAGCUGAGGGAGCGGGCCGAGUCGGUGGAACGGGAGAUCCAGUACGUCAAGGACCUGCUCAUCGAGGUGUACAAGGCCCGGAGCCAGAGGAGCCGUAGCAGCUAGGCGGGUGGUCACUGCGGGGACGGGGGAGCUGCCUCUGCCUCCAGCUUCUCCCCUCCCCAUCUGUGUCUGCUGGCUUCCUUGUCCCCCCUUCUUCCUCCCGCCCCUCCGGUCCAUAGCAGCAUUCACCCCUCUAGCUCCAGCCAGGCCGCAGUGGUUUCCUGCACAGGGGGUGGGGGUGGGGGGCAGCCCUAAGAGCUGGGAAGUUGAGGCCAGGCAGAGAGAAAGACCAGGAUUGGGGGGGUGGGGGGGCUGCUUUAAGAAGGGAACUCCAGACCGAGAAUCCAGCCCGGCUUAGGCAGGCAGCCACACGCAGGUGACCAGGU